UUCCGUUGGAGUUUCAUUCCUUAGAAUCUGCUCCUUCCUCCUCCUUCCUUUCUCUUCGCCGGGCACGCCCGGUCUGCUCCUUCGGGUUUCUCUUCCGUUCAUAUUCCGGCGAGAGAAAGAGAGACGUAGAUUUCCACAUAUUUUGAUUUUUUAUUCGAAGGUACUGGGAAAUUUCCCUCCUCAUUUCGGCCUCUUUCUGAUGCAUUUGUUUGUUGUCUUUGUAACUUUCUCUUGUUCUUGUCAGUUUCAGUUUUUAGUAAGUGACUACGACAUGGGGAGGAAAGGGAAUUGGUUUUCUUCAGUGAGGAAAGUUCUCAGUCCUCAUUCCAAGAAAGAUCAGGACAAAAAGCAGAAGUCAAACGAAGUAGGUAAUGACAAGCACAGUGACUUGGAAGCAGCUUUACCAAAUGAGGGAGCACAAUUUGCUGUUCUUCCUGCUCUUCGACCCAUGGAAGAUAUUAAAUCAGCUGAAGCAGAGAAUGAGCAGAGCAAGUUUGCUUACUCUCUGGCUCUUGCAACUGCUGCUGCAGCAGAGGCUGCUGUUGCUGCAGCUCAGGCUGCAGCAGAGGUUGUUCGUCUUACUAGCAUGUCCCGUUACCGUGGAAAGUCAAAGGAAGACAUGGCAGCUAUCAAAAUUCAGACAGCAUUUCGAGGAUAUUUGGCAAGAAGAGCAUUGCGUGGCUUGAAAGGUUUGGUGAGGUUGAAGAGAUUGGUACAAGGGAAAUCUGUUAAACGACAAGCAGCUUCUACAUUACGAUGCAUGCAGACCCUGACAAGAUUGCAGUCUCAGGUUCAUGAGAGGAGGGCUAGAAUGUCAGAGGAGAACCAGGCUCUUCAGCGGCAGCUGCAGCAGAAACAUGAAAAAGAACUUGAGAAGUUGCAAGCUGCUCAGAUUGUUGAAGAAUGGGAUGAUACAGCGCAAUCAAAGGAGCAAAUUGAAGCAAAACAGUCUAAAAGGCAAGAAGCUGCAGUUCGAAGAGAGAGAGCUCUGGCCUAUGCAUUUUCACAUCAGCGAAAAUGGAGGAACUCUUUGAAACCUGCAAAUCCUACCACAUUCAUGGAUCCAAACAAUCCCCAUUGGGGUUGGAGCUGGCUAGAUCGAUGGGUAGUGGCACAGCCUGCGGAUGGCCGAAGCACUAUGGAUCACAGCGAGCGUGAAUCUGCAAAAAGCAUGGCGAGCCAACCCAUGUCUGUUGGAGAAAUUACUAAACUGUAUGCUUCCCGCACUCAUAUACAUCACGAUAACAAGCCUGCUCCAGCUGGCCAAAAAUCAAGCCGGCCUCCAAGUCACCGAUCUUCUUCAACCCCACUUUCAAAGGCCCCAUCUAUCUUAUCGACUUCUGGCAGAGUAAGGGCACCAAGCCCAAAGACAAGUUCUUGGGGCCGUCAUGAUGACUCAAGGAGCGCAAUUAGUGCUCAGUCACAACGGUACCGUAGGCAUACUAUUUCGGGAUCAUCGUUCGGAGAUGAUGAGAGCUUUGCAAGCUCAUCUGCCUUCUCAACUUGCACAGUUCCUACCAAGUCAGCUAAGGCCAAAUCCAGAAUUGAAAGCCCAUCACUUGUUGCAGAUAAAAAAGGGACACCAGAGAAAGGAUCCAAUGCAAAGAAGCGUCUAUCCUUCUCGGGUUCCCUGGCAAGUUCGAGAAAUCAUUCAGGUCCUCUUAAGGUGGAUCUUUUUGCUUCCAAUAAGGAUGCUGCUUCAGUCACUAAGACGAAAGUUGCCAAUGGUGGCAGGUAGUGCUGGGAAGUGAGAAAGAAUGCCUACUGGUACCUAACAUGAGCUUGGUAGUAUUGUGAAUGAAGAAGAUAUAAAAGAAGAUGGGAUGGGAUGUACAGGGCUUAUAGUUGCUUGUGUGAUGAUGUUUUUGAAGGGCAAGGUAGGAUAAUAAUGCAUGAUUGUUUUGAUCAUAAAGCUGUAUUCAUAAUCACAUACAACAUCUUUAUUUUCUUCUUUACCUCUUUGAUUAUGUCAUGUAAACAGGAUUGGAUUGGGUUGAUAAUUAUUUAAUGAUAGGUUCAUUUUUUGUUCUAA